GUUUUUUGUUCAGUUCGAUUCGAGCGGCGGGCAGGUAGAGAUCGUUCGCUGGUUCUGCUUUUUCGACGGGGUUUCCGCUUUCGGUUUCAGCCUUCGCGCGUAUUUCUUGCAAGUCGAGGAUGAGCAUCAUCGUUACCCAGGCAGCUGCAAAAGUGCAACAGCAGCAACAUCAGUUACACCAGCAACAUCAUCAGUAACCGCAGCAACACAAACGGGUUUCAUUCGCACUCGUCGGGCAUUUAUUUUUAUUGUGUGUGCGGUUGGGUCGCGUGCAGUUCACGGAAUAUGCAAAAAGCCUUAAUCAUUAAAUUAAACACAGACUAACGACCAGUAAGCACAUGGAACUCUGCCACGGAUUCCACGGCGGCUUGAAUCAUUAAUUUAGUUCUAUAUUCCGAAGCAAGCAGUCUGAACGCUCAGUGCUGCGAUAAAAAAUAUUUUUAAAAAUAUUAAGAAAGAACUACAAAAAUAAAAUACAAAAAGUGCAUUUAAAAGAAAAUCAACAGACACAGAUAAAGUUUAUUUCGAGACUGAAAAUUUUCUACGCCUAAACAAAGGAUUACCGAAACCGAUUCCAUAAUGAAGCACAAAUUUCUGCUGUUGCUCCUUGCGGGAACGUCAUUGCUCCUGGCCACUGGAGUCCAGAGCCAGCACGAGAACAUACCGUACCAACCGGUGACCAAUAUCUGCCAGACGUGCCUGUGCCUGAGCAGUCAGGACAGUGACCAUCGGACGCACUUCAACCUGGACUGCUCGGUGAGGAACUUCGAGCACAUCCUGGCCCGCUGGCCGGAGGAGUUCGGAAGCCAGGCGAUAGCGGCGGGAGCUUCUUCGGAGAUUGUGGUCUCUUACUCGGGCAAUCGGAUCAAGUUGCUCCAACAGCUGCCGGCCACAAAUGCCAGUCUAACCCUCUCUUGCCGGCACUGUGGUCUGCAGAACCUGCAGGUCCCACUCUUCAUGGAUGUGCCCAAUGUGGAGGCCCUCUACCUCAGCUGGAAUGAGCUAACCGACGAUGCAUUAGUGCCGGAUCUCUUCAGAGGUCCUUUUGGGAGCUCUCGGUACGAACCUAUUGGCUUGCGUGAUCUGGACUUGAGUCACAAUCGUAUAGCUCGACUGGAUCGCCGGCUCUUCGAACAUACUCCACAUUUGACCAAGUUGAACUUGGCCUACAACCAGCUGAGUGCCCUGGAUGAAGCCACCGCUGCAUCCAUUGGAUCGGUAACUACACUGCAACGAUUGGAUCUUUCCCACAAUGGCUUGAUGAGUCUGCCAGCUCAGCUCUUUCCAAAGUUGACUGCCCUCCGUAUCCUGGACAUUUCCGGGAAUGAGUUUACCGUGGUGCCCUCCAGUCUUGUACAGCUAAGCAAAUCGUUGGUUCAACUAAAUCUGGCGGGGAAUAGCUUUCUUAGCCUAAAGGGAAACAGCUUUCAGGGCUUGGUUUCUCUAAAGCGUCUGAAUAUCAGCAGUAUGCCUUCAUUAAGAAGUCUAGAUGAAGGAGCUCUGCAUCUGCCUGCCUUGGAGGAGCUACAUUGCUCCAGGAAUUCCAAGUUAGAGCGCUUGGAGCUGGUCGAUCUGAUAAAUAGUCGAAACUUAACGCAGUUGGAUUUGUCCAGGAAUGCAUUGACCACCUUGGUUCUCAACAUUACGAGUUCUACUAAUACCACCAGCAAUACUGAACCCUGGCCACGUCUUCGUCGCUUGAGCAUCUCCGGUAAUCCUUGGUAUUGCAGUUGCGAACUAUUCAAGACCCUGGAGCUCUCUGGUCUCUCGCACAUCGAAAAGGAAUUAGAUGGAAGCGAAGCCCGUUGUGAGACGCCUUAUCUUCUGGCCGGAUCACCUAUCUCCAAUUUGACAGCCGAACGGAUCUGCAAAAUGGUGAUACCAAAGAAAUAUCGCGAGGUAGAUGAGGAGCCACCGCGGUUCCUGAGACGUCGGUAUAUAAUACUCACCGCCAUCAUAGCCAGCAUUGUCCUGGUGAUCGGUCUGGUCAUCGGAUUCGUUGUGGUCUGCAUUCGUCGGCGGCUCAAGGGCAGCGACUACGGGGUACAACCCAUUCGGUAUACCAGCGUGAGGGGCAGCAAUCUGUCGCAGUUCUCGCAAUUGCAACCCGCCUCGGUGGCCAGUAAAUUCAAUAAUGUCCAUGCCGGGAGCAGUAGUGGAACCACCACGGGUGCUGCCAAUGCCUAAUGCGGUAUUCAUAUCCUAAUUCGGUUCCAAUUCCGAGCUAGCUGCACAAGUUUCGAGCCAAAGAUGUCCACGACAGUGUUGCGAACCCAACCGAAAAAGACUUCCUGUGCGUGCUAUCCUGUAUAUAUGUAGGUGUCCUCUGUAUUAAAUCCCGCUAAGGAGCUGAUUCUCCGCAUCCUGUUCCCAGACCUUAAAAACUAACCCCUAGUAUUUAGUGAUGCCAUCGAUGUUUGUAUUGUACUUAAGUUCCGAGCAUUAGUGUGUAAUAAAACAUUUUUAAAAUCAA